AUGUUUGAUGCCAAGAUUCUAGUCUGGAAUUUUCGAGGUCUUAAUAACAUUGAAACUCAAGAUGCUUUGGUACAAAUUGUUCGCCAGCGCAACCCUAACUUCAUAUUUCUAUCUGAGACGCUAGCAGCUCCCAGCCUUGUGACUUCUGUGUGUGCCAAGUUAGGGUUCGAAGGCUGCAUUUGUCAGCCCUUUUCGGAGGAGUCGAGGGGUCUGGCAUUCAUGUGGCACCAUGGAUCAAGAAAAGAAUUCCGUUUUACUGGUAUUUACGGUUUCACUCAUCCACGAGAUAGGUUUCGGACAUGGAAUCUGUUGAGAUCAUUGGCUGCACAAUCGUCUCUUCCAUGGCUGGUCGCAUGGGAUUUUAACGAGAUCUUUUCAAAUGCCGAUAAGUCUGGUAGCCCUAAGAGGGCAGCUGCUCCUAUGGUUCGUUUUAGACAAGCUCUAGUUGACUGUGCCUUGGUUGAUAUGAAGUUUUCAGGACCACAGUUCACCUGGGCCAACCGCUUUACUAAGGAGCGUCUGGAUCGUGCUUGUCACACUUCCUCAUGGAGAGAUAGAUUUCCGAAUUCAAGGGUGGUUACUUUGCCAUUAAGUAAGUCUGACCAUAAUCCCCUUCUCGUUGUGAUCAAGACUUCUAGGGCUCUGUACCAUAGAGCACCUAAACGGUUCAGAUUUGAGGAAAUGUGGUCACAACACAAAGACUGUGGAUCUGUUAUUGAGAAAGAAUGGAUGACCCCUUCAACAGGUAACCCUAUGCUCCAAGUUGGCUUGAAAAUUCAUAGCACUGGCUGGUUGCUUUCCUCUUGGGAGGAGGGAGUUUUUCGGCAACGUCAUAUGGAGAUGAAAUUGUUACAAGCUAAACUUGACCAGUUAAUGAGGUUGCCCUAUGAGUCGUGCCAAUGGGAUGAGCAGAAAGCAUUGCAACAUCGUUUUAAUGAGUUGUUGUCUUUGGAUGAAACAUAUUGGCGUCAACGUUCAAGAGUUCUUUGGCUAAAAGAUGGGGACCGAAACACAGCAUUUUUUCAUCGAAGAGCUUCUAAUCGAAAGAGUAGAAACUGUAUUACUGGUUUAUUUGAUCUAGAAGGUACUUGGCAGACUUCUCCUUCUGCCAUAGCUACUACUUUGACCAAUUACUAUGAGAACAUUUUUCGACAUGAGCAUUAUGACCCUUUUGCAGCAGAUAUUGUUCUUAAUACUGUUCAAACUCGUGUAACUGUUGAGAUGAAUAUUCGUACAGUGUUAGAAACUGGACAUCUCCCUAUGGAAUCCAACUAUACUCACUUGGUUCUGAUCCAUAAAGUGAAGGAACCGAAAGUUGCUUCUGAUCUACGGCCUAUUGCUUUAUGUAAUGUGGUAUAUAAAAUUGCUUCUAAAGUUCUAGCUAACAGAUUGAAAGUGAUUUUGCCUCAUAUUAUAUCACCUUUGCAGAGUGCUUUUGUUUCGGGUAGACUCAUCUCAGACAAGACACUUGUGGUCUCUGAGAUUAAUCAUUUUAUGAAAGAGCUGCGUGAUCAGUUGGAUGAGUUUUUUUCGUUAAAGCUGGAUAUAAGCAAAGCUUACGACAAACUUGAAUGA